AUACAUCAUACCUUGACUCUUAUGACCGCCUUCUGUCCGUUUUGACAGUCUCUGAGCUCUUUACAUACGAACCAUUUGGGAAGACUCCCGCUGAACAGUGUCAGUCAACAUGAGCCAUUUACCGACGGCUAUUCCCCGAGGUUCAUGGGUCCUCGUGACGGGAGCGAAUUGUUACACCGGCAGCCAUGUGGUCAUAGAGCUUCUGAAGCAAGGCUUCAAAGUGCGUGGGACGGUGAGAGAUCUCUCAUAUAGCAAGUGGCUCCUCGAGCACCCAUCUGUGAAGCCGCACACAGACGAAGGAAAAGUGGAAUUGGUUGUCGCAAACACAUCAAAACCCGGAGAUUUCGAUGAGGCGGUGAAAGGCGUCUCGGCUAUUAUUCAUCUCGCCAAUAUCGGUGACUAUACACCAGACCCCAACGCUGGCUUUGCAUCAGCUAUCGAAGCUGCCUUGACCGUGUGCCGAUCUGCUGCCAAGGAAGCUUCAGUCAAGCGAUUUGUGGUAGCAGCUGGACUAUGGUCGGCAGUAUGGCCCAAGCCCGGGGAGACAAAGAGUAUCGGGAAGGAUACGUGGAACGAGGAUUUGGUCAAGGUCGCACAGGCGCCGCCACCAUAUGAGUUGAGCCGUAUUCUUCCAGUAUACCUGGCUGCCAGAGUUGACGCCGAGAAGGCGGUAUGGAAGUUCGCGAAAGACGAGAAGGUUCCUUGGGAAGUCAAUUCGGUUAGUCCUUGUUGGACUCUGGGCGAUCCUCUGGAUGCGAGACACUAUGGGCCUAUGCCUACCCAGCUCUUGCAGCAACUAUACCUUGGCAAGACAGAUGCCCUGAAGGAGAACACAACGGUCUAUUACACUCACGUCUCCGACGCAGCUGUCAUUUACGUCGCAGCAGCUAUCGACCCAGAUGUCAAAGGCGCUCGCAUUCCAGCACUGGCCAAGUCUUUCAACUGGAACAACGUUUUGGCUAUCAUGCGCAAAGCAUAUCCCGAGGAAGACUUUGAAGACGACUUUGUUCCUGGAGACCCUGUUUUAAACUACAAGAUUGAGAACGAUAUUGCACCCGAGCUGCUGCAAAAGUGGGCUGGAAGGGAGUGGAUCAGUCUCGAGAAGGGAAUUACAGAGACCAUCGACUUUUCAAGGAAGCUGGGCAACUUGGACUAG